CAGGUAUUAGGCAAUGCAAAAGGAGCUGUGGCUGUGGUUAUCUCAAUACUAUUGUUUCAAAAUCCCGUCACUGUUGUUGGUAUUGGUGGCUACACAAUGACUGUUAUGGGGGUAAUUGCCUACGGAGAAGCCAAGCGGAGAUUCAAAUGAUGCUUUUACACACUCCAUUUUUUCCCCCUCUCUGCUGUCCCUGGAACUUUUAUCCCUAGGGAGUUGGUAGUGAAGUUUGAUGGUGAAUCGUCAGCCAGGAUCUAUGUUUCAUCAUGGUGUAUAUUUCCUGCAUACAAGAAUGUAUUCAGUUGCAUUAUAUGCCGGCGUGAUUUAUUUAGGAGUAAAAUAUCAUUGGUGUAGGCACUACCAUCUCUUUGCAAAUGCCCAUUGUAGUGACUAAGAACCGGAAAUUCAAAUGUGGUGACCAUCGUGUAUUGUUAAUUUAAGAUUUCAGUCUCUAAUUCAUUACUGGCUGAUGUAUGCCUAGCCAUUGUUGGAACAGUUUGAUGCAUCCAUUGUUUAUGAUGCUUCUAACUGGAGAUAUGUUUUUGUGGAGUGCAUUAAUGAGAAAUAUGAUGGUUUCUUCUGAAAUGUUAUUUACAGUCAAUGGAAGAUUGAUGUCCAGUUUUCUGUGUU